CCCUCUCUCUUUUUAGCAGGAACAUACAGGCCGGCCAUAUUAGAGAGAUGGAAAUAAAGCUUUCUUAACGUUCUAUGUGUCUUUGAAGUACAUCCGUGCAUUUUUUUUUUUUUAAUCAUUUAACCAUCCCUCCCUUGUAGCCCUUGGCCUCUCAAAUCACUCUCUCCCACAUUCCGAGUAACAUCUCAGUUUCUGAAAAUGCACAAAGAUGCCUGGCUACCUCGCCCUGCCUUCAGUCUCACGGGGCUCAGUCUUUUUUUCUCUUUGGUGCCACCAGGGCGGACCAUGGAAGUCACAGUACCUACUACCCUCAACGUGCUCAAUGGCUCUGAUGCCCGCCUGGCCUGCACCUUUAACUCCUGCUACACAGUGAACCACAAACAGUUCUCCCUGAACUGGACUUACCAGGAGUGUGGUAACUGCUCCGAGGAGAUGUUCCUCCAGUUCCGCAUGAAGGUCAUUAACCUGAAGCUCGAGCGGUUCCGAGACCGUGUGGAGUUCUCGGGGAACCCCAGCAAAUAUGAUGUUUCAGUGACACUAAAAAAAGUGCAGCUCGAGGAUGAGGGCCUGUACAACUGCUACAUUAUGAAUCCGCCCGACCGCCACCGAGGCCACGGCAAGAUCUACCUGCAGGUCCUCCUGGAAGAGUCCCCUGAGCGGGAUUCCACAGUGGCGGUGAUCGUUGGCGCCUCCGUGGGGGGUUUCCUGGCUGUGGUCAUCUUGGUACUGAUGGUAGUGAAGUGUGUAAGAAGGAAAAAAGAGCAGAAACUGAGCACGGAUGACCUGAAGACGGAGGAGGAGGGCAAGACAGAUGGAGAAGGCAAUGCGGACGAUGGCGCCAAGUAACGGGGGCUGGCCCUGCAGCCCUCCCUCGUGUCCUGUCUUCCUCCCUCUUUGCCCUGCACAAUGUGCCCCUGCCUGCCCUCUCCUCUUGGUGUGCUUCUCUUGAACCAGGAACCCAGGGCUGACCUGGGUCCCCUGAACCCCUCACUUCGUAUCUCCCACCCUGCCCCAAGAGUGACUCACCUCUCUUUCAUUUGAAAAACCUGCCACGGUGUCUGGGAUGUGUGGGCCCUGGGGGGGGAGGGAGAAGUAGGUUCAAAACUACCAGUCCCCGAGAAGAGGCAGGAGGCAUGUGUGAGGGUCCCAGGGAGAAGACGAAAGGUGGGCAGUGGUGGAGGAGGGGGUCAGCUGGCCAGCCUGCCCAGAGCUGGUGGCUGCUUCAAAGGGGAACAGUGGGUGGGGGAGGGGCUUUCCUGUGCUGCCACAAGAAGGCCUGGGGCGCACAUUGCUCUGCUCCCUAAGCUGCUCUAGUGAUAGGUUCGUAUAAUUUGAGGGUGGGGCAUGUCAAAGGGACAACUGCAUUUCCUGGGCAUUGAUGAAAAGCUGUCACUGGAGGCAAAUGGAAACAAGCCUUGGUCCAGGGAGCUCUGCUUUCACCCUCUUCUCCAUUGAUGGCUGCUACCGCAGAAGACUUGUGGUUGUCUAGUGACUGCUAAUCCCUUGGGAUUUUUGGUGAGAAUAGCACUGAAGAGACCCUGAGCUGGGCCAUGGGGGGGUCGUGUUGUUUGAGGUAGUGGUCAUUUUCCAUCAUAGUUGCCUACCAACAGGAGACAAAUUUCAAUCGGCCGAGGGACUGACAGGGUGGGGCUCCAUUGUAAAAUGGAGUUUGCUGCAGGCUGCCUUCUCUAGCAGGAUGACCACCAUCGGCCGGGGUCAGGAGCUGCCAAGGUGCAGAGAGGAGCAGGGGAUGGAAGCCACGGGCAGAAAAGUUGAUGUGCGCAGUUGGGGCAUCAUUCGGAGCUUCCGUUCAGACUUUCCUGGUUCCCCUCAGCAGGGGUUUCAUCUGGCUUUUGGCUAGAGGCCCGAAAAGGGAACGCCCUGAGGGAAGCACGUGGGGAGAUCCUGUAGCUAUGUCCCAUCUAGAGCCAUGUUACAUGCUCCCUUGCCCUAACAACUCUUUUGUGGGAAGGAAAGUAGCAUUUGUGGGGAGCCAACUUUCACUGCCAUUUUACUUACAUUAAGAGGGAAUUUCAAGAGAGGGAGACAGACAGAGAGAGAAACUGCUGACGUGGAGAACAGUACCUUGGAAGCCCCUCAGAGAUCAACCAGCCAAGUCACUCAUAGUACAGAUGAGGAAACUGAGAUUCAAGCUGAUGGAAACUGAGAGUCCUGCCAUCUUCUCCUCUGGCUCUUCAGUCUCCAGUUUGAAUCAACAGAGCCCUAGUUGUCCUGGUGGGAGGGGCCUCUGGGGUAGAUGAGGGAGGUGAGGGGAAGGAGGUGUACUCAUCCGGCCCUUCUCAUUCGUCUCCCAGGAGCCCAGCCCCUCCCGGCUGUGACUGAGACAGGGAUGGAGUGAUGGGAGUCAGGACAUUGCUGCUGGCACUGCCCCACCCCUUGCCCCAGGCUGAGCCUCUUCACACUUUCCAACCUUUCUAGGAGCUCAGGUCGUGCCCAGGCGCAGGGAGUCAGAGUUCAGGGCAGGAAUGAGUCUGGGGAAAGGGGGUGGGGACAGGACUGUGACAGUCUCAUUCUCUGCCUCUGCCCAUCAGAUGGUCAAUUUGGGGAGUGAGCAAUUGCAUAUGGGAGAGUCAGUUGAAUUCACUUCAAUUCAACAUCCAUUUAUUGAGCAUCUCCUAUGUGCCAGGUACUGUGUCAGGUGAUGGGAACACAAAGCCAUAACAGAGUUGGGAACUGCCAGGUCAGCAUUGUGGGGAUCAAGAUUAAUAUUUUUGGUGUAUCUAAUUCCACUUGUAUAGCCACUGCUUCCAGGGCUGGAGUUGGAGAAGAAAGAAGAGAGUCCAGAAUCUGAGCCCUGGGAAGGAAGGAAAGAAGGAAGAUACAACAGGGAAGAGGGUGAGAGGCCAGGCAAAGUGGGGGAUGGGCAACCAGCCACAUAGAGCCUUGAUGGGGUGGGACCAGCCUACAUAGAAAUUCUAACUCUUGGGCUCAGUACCUAACUGCCAAUCAACACACUGACAGUGGGGGUAAGGCUAAGCCACCAUGUGCCUGGGGAAGGCAGACAGACAUUGCCCAUCUUGCAAGCCAACCAGCUGAAAGGAGAAGGUGGGUGGUGGAUACCUCAUGCCAGCUGAAACCAAGAGUGGUUCUAAUACCCUUCUGCAGUUUGUAGAUUUCACUUUUUGGCAACCUCUCAAGGACUCUCCUCUCCUAGGAUGAGCAAGGAUCUGUGCUGAUUCUGGGAACUUCUCUUUUUCCAGGACUCAUAACAUUUAGGGGAAUUAUUUGUUGGAUUCCCUAGGUUUGUUCUAAGAAAUCCUAGAUUCUCCAUAAAGAAGCCCAAGUCUUCUGGGUUCCUUCCCUUCUCUGCCCUGACACAGUGGCUCCUAGGGAGAGCAAGGCCUCUCCAUGGGCCUCAGGGGUCAGAACAGAUGGGGAUGGGCCAGGAACCACCUUUGCCCCAGCUGCCCAUCCUUACUUCACUUUCUUCUCAAGCUUCUUAGAAUCUCCUACAGAAGCCUCAUAGAGCUGCCUCUCCCAGGGCAAUGAGGCUGGGAACAAAAUAGUGCUUCUGUGAACAGAGGUGGGAAAGCAGUGAGAUGUUUCCACAGCAGCCGCCUCUCUACCCUGCUUUCUAGUUUAUACCAGCAAGCUCUUCCUUUUCCUGCACCGCGGGGUUCAAGCCCCACUUCUGGCUGCAUGUUCCCACCACUGGGCUCUGCGGGGUUCAGUCUGCUGGUUUUCUCAACUGUCCCUGCUUCUCCUGCUCCCUUGAAACCUCCUAGUAUCUGUCUCUUCCUCCUAAUUAAGGGCCAUUACAAAGAGUGAUGGGCUGGCCAACCCAUGGGAUCUAGCUUAUAAGAACAAAGCACAAUUAUUCAGGACUGAAAUGCCUUGAGGUGCCUUGCAGCUGGCUUUGGAACUAUCUGCCCCCUAGCUAUGGACUAAUCACAGUUAUUCCCAAUUUAUAAAAAGGAAAAGCUGAUUGGAUCCAUAUUUCUCCCUGUGAGUCUUCUUGGGGAGGUUGGGCUGAUAAGUAUUUACAAGGUUAGGUUAAGCAGAUAGACAAUUGAAAAUAAUGGCCAGGUCCAAAAUGAUGGUCCCAAGUUGUAGGAUCGGCUUGGUGCAGUUGGAGUGCGUGAUGAAUCAAGAAAAUUUCCUUCCUACUUAUGUCUUAAGGACAGACAGCCUGUGUCUCUUGCUGUGCCUCUUGCUGAUGUCUUCCUCUAUUGAAGCUUGCUGAUGCAUUUGUACAUAGUCUAUGUAGAGGUAUAGGUAUAUAUACAGAUAUAAAACAUCUCACUACGUCCACCCCAAAAGUUACAUUGGGGAGGGAAACAAUCAUAUCUCAGUGUUUUGAUUUGAUUCACCAAAGGCAAAUUAUGGAAUGUUCUUAUUGCUCCUUAUUGCGUGGAGGGGAAAACCCAACUACUUAUGCACUCAAGGUUUUAUGUGCUAUAUGGUGGUUGGAAGAGGCGGUGUGAAGAGAAACUUAAAUGGUCCUCUGUGACCCGACUGCUGUGAUGUGUCUGCUUUUUGGAGCAGACUGAGUUUCUUCUUGUUGGAUCUAUUGCUACAAUAAACAGAUUGUCUCCCCUAAACAUCCCUCAAGUGUGA